UUAAUUAUACAUUACAUUAAAUGUUACCAUCUAAAAAUAAAUCAGAAAUAUUAGAAAGUAAGUACCUAUACUUUACAAAUAUAAUAAUUAUUUUAUUAGAAAUGAUGGAAGGGAAGGUCAUGUUGGCAAGGGUUCCUAUAGAAAUAGCUGGGAAUGAAGAACUGGAUACGGUGGCCAAAGAAGCAGCCGAAAGAUCCCACAAUGCUUCCCAACCUGAACACCCAGCAGAUUUGAAACUAUUAAAUUUAGUAAAAGAUGAGCUGAGAAACGGCUUGGCUCAAAGUAAUCGAAAUAACCCAGACAAACUGUGGUAGGUUAAGAAAGACAGUCCACAGAGAGUGGGACAAAGAGGAAAAAGGCCGUUCUGACAAGAAUACAUAUAGAUCAUACAAGAAUAUUCCAUGGGCACCUCCUGGUAGCAAUAAUAUAGCAGUUGAGCAUAUUUUUCACAAUAAAAGGUUUGACGUAUAUUUUGGUAUUCAUAGUGGGCACAGAUUGCUGUACUGGUACCUCAGGGCUAUAGGAAUUUUUAAAUGUAUAUAGUGUUUGUGUUGUAUUUAUGUUGAUUUAUUGAAAUUUAUUAGCAUGAAAGGAAGGGCUCUGAAUUCUCACAGCAUAUAUGGUGACCACUACGUCCCCUGGAUGCGCUUGGGUAUAGCAGGGGGUUACUCGUCAACUAUGGUUCUUUGGGGGUUGUAGGAUGCAUACAACUUUCUGUGUGUGUAUAUAUAUAUAAAAUAUAAAAACAAUAAAAAUGAAUAACAGUCAAUAGUUCAGAGUUGUUUCAAUGUUUCUGUCUUUUUAUAUUCACUGAUCCAUUACAUAUUCGAAACUUCAAUUCAUUAAUUUAGGAGUCCAUGUGAGCCUUACAAAUUACAUAUAUUUAUGUUUUGCAUGUAAUUUAUACUUGAUAACCUGAGGUACAAGGAGAGGCUAGCAUUUUAGGAUAUUGAUUUACUAUACUGAUUAUAAAACCAUAGAGUCAGUAACCAGAUUGAAACACUGAAAUGGUUGCAGAUUUAAAAAAAAAGUUUUUUCUCCGGAGAGUCGAUGAUGAACUUAUUUGUUGGCCCCCUAAAAUUUCUGCAUGCAUGCACAAAUGAAAAAAUUGUUCUUUAAUUAUGUCAUUUACAUCUGUAAAAAUUUAAUCGUACUAUGAGUAAAAUGGCUUUAUUUAGACUGUGUGAUUCAUUCAGCCUUGAUAUCAUCGUCAAUGAAUAUCAUCAUUCUUUGUAAAGAAAGCCCAUUAUUCUUCAAGAACCAUUAAUUCCUAUAUAUAAUUUCUGAGUGAAUGAAUCAAACAAUCAAUUUGGUGACUGUUUUGCACCAUUUUCAACAAAAUGUCACUGCGAUUCAGAACCUGGAAAUUUUUUUCUGAAAUAUAUCACUGCAACAAAAGACCCUUAAUGUAUAUGACGAUCCAGCCUCAAUAGCCGAGACUUUCAAGCAUUUUUAAAUAAAAAAACCACCCUAAGUUUCAGGAAAGGGCCCUAAUAGGGUACACAAAGAUGGAACAGAUGUAGGGGUAAAAGGGCCAAUACCCUAGCAAAACCCCUUGGACUAUUCCCAAAAAUUUCCAACCUGAGGUUCAUGCAAUACAACUCUGUGCACAGGAGUUGGUAAAGAAAAAAUGACAGGAUUGGUGCUGAAGUUGGAGUUGGAAAAAAAGAAAGAAAAACUCAAGCACUGGAUAUAAACACUAGGUGUGAGGAAAGUUAAAAGAAAGGCGAAUGAAUUCCUUUUUCUUAGUAGGCAAGAUCUGAGAAAAAUUAUAGGCCUCUAUACCGGUCACUUAAAGAAAUAUGCAAAGUAGAGAUAGAAACAUGCCGACGACUCUGUCAGGAGGAACCAGAGACAUUGGCACCUAUCGUUUGUAAAUGUGAAGCAUUAUCUCGGUUACAGUACGGCAAUUUUUGCACCAAAGAGGUACACAAAGAGGCACCGAGGAAAGUGAUUAAUCUUAUAAGAAAAAGUGCACUUUCAAAGGGGUUCCAAAAUAGACCUAUAUAGGUCGCAGUGAAGGAAAGGGUUUUUAGAAUCUUCAUUUGACCCCUCAAAAAAAAAAAAAAAAAAAAAAAAAAUAUUAUUACUAGUUGAUUAAUAAAAACUAAACUAAUAAGAAUCUCUCACAAUAGAGCCUGAAUUGGACGAAAAUGCUGAUAAAAGUUGUUUACUGAAUCAUCGUAUGUGUUUAGAUGUCUUGUUGACUUUUUUUUACAUUAAAAUAACACAACAGCAAAUAAUUCUAAGAAAAAGAUACAAAAUUCAAAACAUAAAAACUUUCAAAGUAGUGGAAUUUUUUGAUUGAGAGUGUAUUCAUAAGCAUCCAGUGGUUUGAGUUGUAUAAGUUGAAUAAGAAGAAGAUAUCAGUGCGGAAAAAUUGCCUUUGUGAGCAUCGAGCCGCCAUUUGGGAAUCAACUGGAUUGUCUUCUCAGCGAUGGACGCCGACGGACUUCCGGAAUUUUUAACAAUAAGCCGCCACUAUAAUUAUUUGCUUUCGAUUUUUCCAUCGGCAAACCGCAACACUUUAAUAAUGAAAUGCAAGGAAUUCGGCACCGAUGAAGAGGCUUUUUGUUCCUUCGUCUCCGAGACACUCGAUGACCCGACGCUACUCCAAACCGAAAUCGAAGAAGAAUUCGUCCUGCCCGGAGACAUCCUGAACGUCGACCGAAUGGACGUGGAGGAUUUUCUUCAAAGUCUCAGGACGAAGGAUCCGCUCACUUAUUUCGAACAACUUCCUAAGUCGAAACAGCAUAAAGAACAAAUGUUCGAGUAUUUAAAAGACAGGUACCUUUUCUACCCAGUUGAAUAUAUUGCAAGUGUCAUGGUAGACAAGUCAUACAAUCUUCUUCAUAUUGUACAACAUAUUGCUGCAAAUCCUCCAAACAAAACAACAAACGAUAGAGUUGAAAGUGGCUUAAAAAAAAAUUCUCCUUUGUGUAUUAAUUUUGUUAAAGAGGUUAGGUUUGUUGAGAACUAUAAAAAGAUUGAAGAAUUUCUUCUUUAUAGAGAAGAAUUGAGGUUAAUCAAGAAAAUUGAGGGGGAUGUAUUUCUGUGUGAAUGCUGCUAUGCUGAUGAUGUUCUGGAUAACGAAAUCAUAACUUGCAGCGAAGGGCACAUUUUUUGUGAUACUUGUGUGCAAAAAUAUGUGGAAGUGAGACUUGGUGAGGGUAAAUUAGCUUUUCCAUGCCUUGAUGAUUGUGUUGGAUUUAUUCCUUUACAAUCUGUUAAAAAUGUUAUAAGUAACACUGCUUUUGAGAAACUGUGUUCCAAAAUUCAGGAGGGCGAAGUAAAAAUGGCCAAUAUUCCAGGAAUUGAAUUUUGUUCAUUUUGUGAAUACGCAGCCAUCCCAGAAGAAAAUGAACAAUAUUUCUUUUGCUCAAGAUGCAGAGAAAGAAUUUGUAGGCUGUGUAAACAAAAAGAUCACACACCCUUGAAUUGUAAGGAGAAUGAAAAAGAAGGAGGCAAAGAUAAACUUGCAAGACUUUUGAAGGAGGAAAGUGCUUCAAACAAAAUUCUGAGAAAAUGUUUAAUAUGUAAUCACGUUUAUGUGAAAGAUGGUGGUUGUAACGUAGUUGUUUGCAAAUGUGGAACAAAACUUUGCUAUUUGUGUUCUACAGUGCUUGGUGAAAAUCCUUAUUCACAUGGAUGCUUUACUAGAGCUCGUCGUCCUACUGACUGAAUGCACCGAAGGGUUUUUACAUAUUAUUGCAGUGACAAUUUUGCUCAGUUUUUUUGCCAAGGUGG